AUGGAGCACAAUGAAUUUUUAGAGUGUGCGGCCAUAGCGGACCCGCAGCCUGAGUCCGGCGGCCUCACUGACGAGGCUGCCUUCAGUUGCUGCUCUGACGCAGACCCCAGAACCAAGGAUUUUCUAUUGCAGCAGACCAUGCUACGAAUUAAAGAUCCUAAGAAGUCAUUGGAUUUUUAUACUAGAAUUCUUGGAAUGAUGCUGCUCCAAAAGUUAGAUUUCCCCACCAUGAAAUUUUCACUCUAUUUCUUGGCUUAUGAAGAUAAAAAUGACAUCCCCAAAGAUGCAGAUGAAAAAGUAGCAUAGGUGUUCUCCAGAAAAGCUACACUUGAGCUGACACACAAUUGGGGCACUGAAGAUGAUGCGACCCAGAGUUACCACAAUGGCAAUUCAGACCCUCGAGGAUUUGGUCACAUUGGCAUUGCUGUUCCUGAUGUACAUGGUGCUUGUAAAAGUUCUGAAGGACUGGGGGUCAAGUUUGUGAAGAAAUCUGAUGAUGGUCAAAUGCAAGGCCUGGCAUUUAUUCAAUAUCCUGAUGGCUACUGGAUUGGAAUUGUGAAUCCUAACAGAAUGAUAAAUAUUAUCAGUUCUUGA